CGCCCUGCCCCUCUCUCCCCCCCGCCCCCUGCUCCCAAGCUCCCCUGCUCGCAUUCUCCCCACAUCCCUGCUCCUCUCCCCAUGUGCCACAACCAUCGUCUAGUCCUGCGACCUCGGCUUGCGGGCUUCUGCUCUCCACCCUGAGAGUGGUCUCUGGGGACCGCCUCGGCGCCGCAGCCCUCGAGCCCCGCCUUCCAUCCAGCCACCCACCUCCGCUUCAGUCGCUGGCAGUUGCGCGGGUGGCCGCGGAGACCCGAGUUGGAGAUGGCGCAGGGUGGCGAUGGGCUGCUGCGGGAGGGCGACUUGUUGCCGCCGCCCUCCUCUUCGGUGAUGCCACCCGAGGCCGUGGUGAGCCAGUGGCGCUACAGCCACGAAAGCGACUGGCAGUGGGGGCUUCGGCGCACCUUUAUCUGCCGUCACCUGCACAAGUACCCCGGCGCCGCGCUCGACCAGCUGCUGGCUCUCUCGUCGGCAUGGACCAACCACAUCUUCCUGGGCUGCAGGUAUAGCCCACAAUUGAUGGAAAAAAUUUUCAAGAUGGCUGAAGGUAUUGAUAUUGGGGAGAUGCCUUCACAUGAACUGGUAUUGCCUAAUGCUCCCAAAGCUCAAAAACGUCCCCCCUCGCCUUGUGCUGGUCAAAUCCCUCCCAAAAAGCAAGCUGCUUCCAGACUCCAGGUGAAACCUCGUUUUGAACCUGUACACUUUGUAGCUAGUAGUAAUAAAGAUGAAAGAAUGGAAGAUCCUUCAGACACUAAAACACAGCAAGCGGACUCUACCGCCACACCAUUAGACACCUACCAAGAUGAUGUUAACAACAGUUCCCAAGAUCAAAAGUCUCAGUAUUCUGAAACAAGUUGUGAUCUCACUAAUAACCAGACUGCAACAACCAGCAUGUUAUCAGCUAGUGUGAACACUGCCCCAAGUGCUACAUCCCAUCCUCCUCCAUCCUCUCAGUCAGCUGCUGUGGCUUCCCCCUCUGCAAAAUUUUCAGAAUCAGAAGUAGCUGGGAAGCAAGAGUUUAUUGAAAGACUUUCUGCAGUUAUUUGCAAGAGCCUUUCAGGGAUGAAUCUUGGAGCUGAUAAAAUUAAUUAUACAUACAUGUUAACUCGUUGCAUUCAGGCAUGUAAGACAAAUCCUGAGUAUAUAUAUGCUUCUUUAAAAGAAAUCCCCCCUGUUGACAUCCCCAGAAGUAAAAAACUUUUAAUUGAUGGCUUUGCUUGUGAAGUUAGAUGCCAGAGUAUCUACCUGACUACAGGUUAUGCUGGCAGCAAAAAUGGUUCUAGGGAUCGAGCUACUGAACAGGCCAUAAAGCUCUUGCAGAAAUCUGUUGAGGUUAGAGUAAUUAAGAGGAAAUUCAAACACAUUUAUCAAGAUGACCUCGUGGUAUGUCAGAUUGGUGUAUCAUCAUAUGAUUUUCCUCCAGCCCUAAAAGCCCCAGAAGAUCUCUCUGUCAAGAAUGGGGCAGAGCAGUCAGACUCUGCUUCCAGUUCCAAACAUUGGACCAAUUUUGUCCUCAUAGAAAAUGCAAACGAUGCUAUUGGAAUCCUAAACAAUUCUGCUUCAUUCAACAAAAUGAUAAUUGAAUACAAGCAUGAGAUGAUGCCAAAUCGCACAUGGCGCUGUCAGGUGUUUUUGCAAGGGCACUGCUUAGCUGAAGGUUAUGGAAGCAAAAAAGUAAGCAAACAUGCAGCUGCUUCUAAAGCAUUGAAAAUUCUUCAAAAAACACAAUCUGAUACCCCAGUUGUCCAAGCUACACAGGUUCAAACAGUAGGCUAUUCACCUAAGGGAUCUGGAAACAAAGAUUUAAAGGAUCUUGUAAUUUAUGAGAACUCUUCAAACCCUGUAUGCACACUAAACGAUACAGCUCAGUUCAACAAAAUGACUGUCAAGUAUGUUUUUGAAAGGCUGAUAGACUCAAGGUGGAAAUGCAAGGUGAUUCUGGAGAAUGAAUUCAUCACAGAAGCAGUUGGGGUGAAAAAAUUUGUCAAGCAUGCGGCUGCAGAAGAAGCUGUGAAAAUCCUUAAAAAGACACAGCCAACUGUCAUUAACAACCUGAAGAAAGGUACCAUUGAGGAUGUGAUCUCAAGAAAUGAGAUUCGAGGUCGCUCAGCAGAAGAAGCUUAUAAACAAGAAAUCAAAGAGGAUAACAUUGGGAAUCGGCUUUUAAGAAAAAUGGGUUGGACAGGGGGUGGGUUAGGGAAAUGUGGGGAGGGUAUCCGUGAGCCCAUCUCAGUCAAAGAACAGCAUAAACGGGAAGGGCUUGGGCUUGAUGUAGAGAGAGGAAAUAAAAUUGCCAAGAAAGAUAUUGAACAGAUCAUCAGAAAUUAUGCACGGUCAGAUAGCCACACUGAUUUAACUUUUUCUACAGAGCUUACCAAUGAUGAACGGAAACAAAUACAUCAAAUUGCCCAGAAGUAUGGUCUUAGGAGCAAAUCUCAUGGAAUAGGCCGUGAAAGAUAUUUGGUGGUAGGUAGAAAAAGGCGUAAGGAAGAUUUAUUAGAUCAGCUCAAACAGGAAGGCCACGUUGGACAUUAUGAACUUGUUAUGCCUCAAGCAGAUUGAGACCAAAAUGAUCAUGUAAACACUUGCUAACAUUUUGUGAAAUAAAUUAGAAAGAAAUGUUGCAUUUUCUGGUUGUAGAAAAUAUUCAUUCUAAAGUGUUGUAAAACUUUGCUCUUUUUACUUAUGCUUUUGUAGGAAGGCUCUCGUUCAAGUUGUACUAGUAUAUAGUCCAGAAGACAAAAUUGUCCUCAAUGUCAUUGAUGUUGCUAGUUAUUUUAUAUUGUGAUGUGAUCAUGUGAUAAUAAAAAUGCACCCAAAUGUACCCCUUCCUUUUGAAGUAUACCUUGUAUUUUGCCCUAAAAGAAUUUUUAAUUUGUUUAAAGAGCAAAGUGAUUUGGAGUAAAUGUGUUAAUGGUAACAACUACAAUAAAACUACAACUGUCAACAAUA